GAGUUUGUUUGGUUCAUACUAUCAGAAGAGGACAAACGCCAUCCGCGGUCUAUAGAGUACUGGUUUCGGUGCAUAGACUUGGAUGGAGACGGCGUGCUCUCGAUGUAUGAGUUGGAGUACUUCUAUAGCGAACAAAUCAAGCGAAUGGAAGCCAUUGGUAUCGAAGCGCUUCCUUUCAACGAUUGUUUGUGUCAAAUGCUAGACUUAGUCCGUCCGCAACAAACUGGAAGAAUCUCGUUAUCAGAUCUGAAGAGGUGUCGACUGACGCCCAUAUUCUUCGACACUUUCUUCAAUUUGGAGAAAUACUUAGAUCACGAACAGAGGGAUCCGUUCGCCUCGAAUCGUGACGAAGACGGCCUCUCGAUGUCUGAUUGGGACAGAUUUGCUGCCGAAGAAUAUGAGCUUUUAGUGGCUGAAGAAAGUGCACAACAAAACACCCAAAAUUUAUUGGACUUUACCGGUGAAAGCGGUUUCAAUGACUAUAUGAUAGCUUCGAGCAAAUAUGGUUUACGUGCGCGAUCUGCACCGGCAGAUGAGGAUGACUAUGACUAUGCAGACAUUGCAGAUGACACUGAUGACACU